AUGUCCUCAAUUUCUCCCCCAGCGUCUUCUCUCGCGGAGUCGCCGCUUUGGACCCCCUCUCCCCAGCGGAUCGCCGAAGCACAGCUCACCGGGUUUCUGCAGUAUCUCAAGCAGACAGCGGGCGUCGAAAUUGGCGACUACGAACAGCUUCGCGACUGGUCGAUCGACAACUUGGAGACCUUCUGGACGGCGAUCUGGGAUUACUGCGGACUGAUCGGAGAACGCCCAUCAGGCACGCCCGUGCUGGUCGAGGGCGACAAGAUGCCCGGUGCACAGUUCUUUCCGGAGGCCCGACUGAACUUCGCCGAGAACCUGCUGCGCCGGAGCGAUGAUGGCGAUGCCCUGGUCUUCUGGGCCGAGGACAAGGUCAAGCGGCGUGUUUCCUGGCAUGAGCUUCAAGCCCUGGUCAGCCGGCUUCAACAGCUUCUGAAGGACCAGGGCGUCGGCCAGGGCGACCGGGUGGCCGGCUUCAUGCCGAACAUGCCGGAGACGGUGGCGGCUAUGCUCGCCACCACCUCACUCGGCGCGAUCUGGUCUUCCUGCUCGCCGGACUUCGGAGUUCAGGGCGUCCUUGAUCGCUUCGGCCAGAUCGAGCCCAAGGUGCUCUUCGUUCCGGACGGCUACUUCUACAACGGCAAGGAAAUCGACACCCUGCCGAAGGUCCGGGAAUUCCUGCCCCAGCUUCCGAGCGUCGUAAAGACGGUCGUUUGCCCUUUGCUCGGCCGGCCGCAGGCCGCCUCGGAGCUUCCGGGAGCAGUUACCCUGGACGACGCCUUGAAACCCUACGAGGCGCGCGCGAUCGACUAUGUUCGGGUGCCCUUCAACGCGCCGCUUUAUGUGAUGUACUCCUCGGGCACCACCGGGAAGCCCAAGUGCAUCGUCCACGGCGUCGGCGGCACCUUGAUCCAGCAGGUGAAGGAGCAUCGCCUGAAUGCGGACGUCAGGUCCGGCGACCGCGUCUUCUACUUCACCACCUGCGGCUGGAUGAUGUGGAACUGGCUGGUCGCAAGCCUGGCCUGCGAGGCGACGCUGUUGCUGUAUGACGGUUCGCCCUUCGCGCCAAACGGCAACAUUCUGUUCGACUACGCCGACGCCGAAGGCAUGACCCUGUUCGGCACCUCCGCCAAGUACAUCGAUGCCUGCAACAAGGCGGAACUGGCGCCCAGGGAAACGCACGACCUCGCGACGGUGCGCACGAUCUGCUCGACCGGCAGUCCCCUGGUGCCGGAAGGCUUCGACUACGUCUACAGGAGCAUCAAGCCGGACGUCAGUCUCGCCUCCAUUUCGGGCGGCACGGACAUCCUCGCCUGCUUCGUGCUGGGCAACCCCAUCGGCCCCGUUCAUCGCGGCGAGAUUCAGGCCCGCGGCCUCGGCAUGGCCGUGGAGGUCUGGGACGAUGAAGGCAAGGCGGUGCGCGAGCAGAAGGGGGAACUCGUUUGCGUGAGGCCCUUCCCCUCCAUGCCGCUACGUUUCUGGGGCGAUUCCGAUGGCACGCGCUAUCGUGCCGCCUACUUCGAGCGCUUCCCCGGCGUCUGGUGCCACGGCGACUUCGUCGAGCUGACGCGCCACGAUGGCGUGAUCGUUUACGGCCGUUCGGACGCCACCCUCAAUCCCGGCGGCGUGCGCAUCGGAACGGCGGAGAUCUACCGCCAGGUCGAGAAGCUCCCGGAGGUGGUGGAAUCCAUUGUGAUCGGUCAGGACUGGCAGGGCGACGUCCGGGUCGUUCUCUUCGUGCGCCUGCGCGAGGGCGGCCUGCUGGACGAAGCCUUGGAAAAGCGCAUCAAACAGACCAUCCGGGAUGGCGCAACACCGCGCCACGUCCCGGCCAAGAUCGUUCAGGUGACCGAUAUCCCAAGAACCAAGUCCGGUAAGAUCGUCGAGCUGGCCGUCCGCGAUCUGGUCCACGGCCGCACGGUCAAGAACCGGGAAGCGCUGGCCAAUCCCGAAGCCCUGGAGCUCUAUCGAGAUAUCGAAGUGCUACAGCAGUAG